UUGUAGGAUUGAUUGACACACCCACUCAUAGUUGGUAUUGUAUUUUGUCCUUUUACCCAUCAUGGAGCCCUUUUCAGGUGUUGUUGAUUAGGGCUAUAUAGGCCUUAUAUAGGCUUUAUGCCUUCAAAUUACAGUGCUUCCUUCAUCUAACAUCAUCACUACUACUACACUAUUCUUCCUUCCUUCCACUCAUGAUGCUUGGGAUAGAGGAGAUACUGUGUGAGCUUGGUGGCAGUGGUUGUGGUGCAGAUUCUGAUCAGCAUGGUGGUUUGCCACCAGGGUUUAGGUUUCAUCCCACUGAUGAAGAGCUUAUCACCUUCUAUCUUGCUUCUAAGGUUUUCAAUUCUACUUUCUGUGGCCUUCAAAUUGCUGAAGUUGACCUUAACCGCUGUGAACCAUGGGAUUUACCAGAAGUUGCAAAGAUGGGUGAAAGAGAAUGGUAUUUCUAUAGCUUGAGGGAUAGAAAAUACCCGACUGGAUUGAGAACGAAUCGGGCUACCGGGGCGGGUUAUUGGAAGGCAACGGGCAAGGACCGGGAGGUUUACAGUAGCGGGUCGGGUCGGACCCUUUUGGGUAUGAAGAAAACUCUGGUUUUUUAUAAGGGUCGGGCCCCUCAUGGUGAAAAGACUAAAUGGGUCAUGCAUGAGUACCGCCUUGAUGGAGACUUUUCUUAUCGGCACACGUGUAAGGAUGAAUGGGUGAUUUGUAGAAUAUUUCACAAGCUAGGGGAAAAGAAAUCAAAUGGUGGACAAAACUACCCUCAUUUCAAACACCACCAAUCCACACUAGAACAAUCACCAUCAACUCCCCAACCCAUUGAAAUGACUAAAAUGCCCUUUAAUGACGAUACUACUGCCGUGUUGCACCACCAUAAUCCGCCGGUGCCACCUCUCCAACAUCCAUAUCUAUUUGGUGACAAUCAUCAAGAAAUCCAUGAUCAAGACAUUAAAUCACUUCUAAACCUACCAAGUUUUCCAACCCUGCAUCAUACCCCUAACCCAACCAUGGUUAAACCCCUAUUCCCAAACCACCACCCGACUCCUACCCCUACCCAUGUUGCUAAAAUAUGCAAGACUGAGGCUCAUUUUAACAUCCAAGAACUCCCGGGCGCUAACUUGCACCCGUGGGAGACGAAUUACAUCCCUUCUACUCCAUUGUUCACAUUCGAGCAACCGGAGUUUGAGGGAAUUGGUCAUUUCUUCAACGGAGGUGGAGGUGGCGGCAGCAAUGAUGCAAGAACAAGCAAUGUGGUGGCGUCGAUGGAUGGGAUCGGGUUUAACAAGUUGUUGCUACCAUCUAUAUGAUCAUAGUAUUUUAUAUAUGUAAAUAAAUGCUACAACUUAAUUGAAAACCGA